UUUGAGCUACAUCCCCAAUUGUUGAAUCACAAUGUUUCAUUCUUCCUAAAUUCAAAAAACCAAACCAAUAUGAACUCUUCUUCUUAUCUCCAAGCGAGCCGCGUGAUGGUACUCGGAGCGAAAUCUCCGGUGGACCGCCGCCGGAGAUCACUCGAGAGAGUGAGUAAAGAACUCUCAAGAGGCAAUUACGAAACUGCUCUCUCUCUCGUCAAGCAACUCAAGAGCAAACAUGGCUGCUUAUCUGCUUUUGGCUCUGCUAAAUUGCUUCCGAAGAAAUUAGACAUGAGUAGCAAAAGUGAUCUUUGGUCAUUGAUUGAUUCGGUCUCUAGAAGCAUUGAAUCUGUUUAUGUCGAAGAGGAUUCAGUGAGAAUUUCCAAAGAGGAGGAAACUAAAACUUCACCUGAAGAAGAUUGGUUCGCUGUUGUUCAGCAUGAAUCUGGGCAUUUUCUUGUUGGUUACUUGCUUGGUGUUCUUCCAAGAUACUAUGAAAUACCAACCUUGGAAGCUGUAAGGCAGAAUGUGUCGAGUGUGACAGGGAGAGUAGAAUUUGUGGGUUUUGAGUUCCUCAAACAAGUUGGUGCUGCAAACCAGCUAAUGAAAGAUGAUAGGGAUAGCCGGAUGAAUCUAUCGGAUACUCAAGGCAAUAUCUCUUCCAAGACACUGAACAACUUCUCAUGUGUGAUACUUGGAGGAAUGGUAGCCGAACAUUUACUAUUUGGAUACUCAGAAGGUUUCUACUCAGAUGUUGUCAAGUUAAUCGAUGUUCUGCGUUGGCUCGGGUUCACAGAAACAGAGAAAGAGGCUCAUAUAAGAUGGGCUGUUUCCAACACUGUCUCCUUAUUACAUUCUCACAGCGAAGCAAGAGUUUCACUUGCAGAAGCAAUUGCUAAAGCCAAACCUAUUGGUGCUUGUAUUGAAGCAAUUGAAUCUGCAAUUUCUAGACAUCAAAUUUAACUAUUUCUGAUCUUCAAACCAAAUUCAUAACUUCAUUUGCAAACACAGAUUUUAAACCA